UAGUCUUUCCAAACUCACGUUGCUUAAUGUAUCAAGCUCAUGAUUGAGCUAUCGCAACAGUGUUCGAAAUUAGGACAAAGAAAACUAAAACAACGUUAGCAAACUUCGCUGUACUUUUAAGCAGUUCUCUGUCUGGACCCGAAGAUGAAAUAUUGUGUUGAACGGGGGAAUAUCUCUGGCUGAAACAUUGUACAACACACGAAGUCUAAAGUGGUGGAUAAAUCUGUCCCAGGUUCGGUAGCCGAUAAGUUUGGCGGCUGGACGCUGAUUUUGAAGUGACGGGAUCAUUCCCAUGCAGAAUCACCCUCCCAGAUCCUUAGCAGCAGUGACCAUGGAGCUUCACAUAGACCGACAGUAGGAGGAGGCCACAGACCACACCAGCAGAGGCCGUCACCCAGCCGGACAGCCACAGGAACAGGCGAGAGGGAGGGAGGGAGUGAGUGAGUGAGAUGAGCGGAGAGAAGGAGGGUGGCGGGGCCAGAGACGGCGAAGGUGACUCUGCCCCGGCGGACGAAGAACAGCAAGAGGUCGAGCGCGAGGAGCACUCGGGCUCUGAGAAGGAGGAGGUGAGUGAGAGCAGCGGUGCGCCGAGAAGCGAUGACCAGAGAGGGGUCACGGUAGCCAAGAUGACGGCGCCCCCCACCGACGGAGAGCAGGGCCAGAGUGACGUGUCCGGCGGGGAGCAGGGUCAGGAUGAUGUGGAAAUGAACACCUGCCAUGACUCCAACAGCGGGAACGAGGCCAGUGCCGACGGGGCCAAGAAGGGCGGAGGUGGCGCGAAGAAGGCCGGGAGAUCCAAACACCAUCACAGCCACAGCAGCACCACGGGCUCCAGCAGCUCCAAGAGCUCCAAGUCUGCCACAAGAUCAUCCUUCUGUGGGAGUAGCCAACACACAGAGACCAGUGGAGGAAGUGAGCCCACAGAGCCUGGGCGCGAACAAAAACACAAAGAGAUGAUGCAGACGGUCCAGGAGAUGAAGAAGAGGAUUCCCUCGGAGAGGAGGAGCCGCAGUAAACCCAGCACGGUGGAAGCACUCCUCUACGCCCUCAACUGCGUCAAACAAGUACAAGCUAACAGUGAGUAUUACAAGCUGCUGAUGAGUCACAGUCAGAAAGAGCGCUGUGACGCCACCGUGUGUUUGCUGGAGGAACUGGACAGCAUUACCUCAGAGCAUGCACUGAAAAAUACGGAUUCGUUCGUGGUGGUGUUCUCCCUGACCACUGGUCGGGUGGUGUACGCCUCAGAGCAGGCAUCCAGCAUCCUCAACUGCAAGCGCCGCUUCCUGGAGUCGGCCAAGUUUGUGGAGCUGCUCUACCACCAGGACGUCAACGUCUUCUACUCCCACACGGCACAGCCCCACCUGCCCCCCUGGAACGUGGGCUCAGAUAGCAAUGCAAUUUUGUAUGAAUGUGCCCAAGUGAAGUCCUUCUUCUGCAGAAUCAGAGGGGGUAAAGAUCGUGACGGGGAGAUGCGUUACAACCCAUUCCGCAUCACUCCGUACCUGUUGAAGGUGCAGGGCCUGGACGAGACUGAGCAGCAGCCCUGUUGCCUGGCACUCGCUGAGCGCAUCAUCUCAGGAUACGAGGCUCCUCGAAUCCCUAUGGACAAGCGUAUCUUUACCACCACACAUUCCCCAGGUUGCGUUUUCUUGGAGGUGGAUGACCGUGCUGUGCCUUUGCUUGGAUACCUCCCUCAGGACCUGAUUGGCACGUCCUUGUUGUCUUGUCUUCACCCUGAAGACCGUGCACUGAUGCCAGCCAUGCACCGCAAGAUUCUCAAGUACGCUGGUCAGCCCCCCUUUGAGCACUCCCCUCUCCGCUUUCGCUGUCAGAACGGGGACUAUGUGACACUGGACACCAGCUGGUCCAGCUUCAUUAAUCCAUGGAGCCGCAAGGUGGCUUUCAUCAUCGGGAGGCAUAAAGUGCGCACUAGUCCACUGAAUGAGGACGUGUUUGCUGAGCGCUGCAAGUCCGAGAUGCCAGUUAUCUGUGAGGACAUCAAAGUGCUUCAGGCAGUCAUAUACAAGCUGUUUUUACAGCCCGUGCACAACAACGGCUCCAGUGGCUACGGCAGCCUGGGUAGCAACGGCUCCCACGAGCACUACAAGAGCGUGGCGUCGUCCAGCGACAGUAACGGCAACCUGUGGGAGGACUCCCACCGCGAACCGAUGACACUACAGCAGAUUUGUGCCGACGUCAAUAAGGUGAAGAACUGGGGCCGGCAGGCUUACCUGGACUCCCGCAGUAAACUAACUCCCCUGGGGAAACCGGCCAUAGAACCACGGGUGCCCCACACUCCAGCUGCCCAGAACACUGGGGUCAGAGGUCAUGUGGAGCAGUCUCUGGAAGAAUCCAGGAAGCAGCCACACAUUCCGUCCUACCAGCAAAUAAACUGUGUGGACAGCAUUAUUAGGUACUUGGAGAGCUGUACGACGCCGGGGCUGAAGAGGAAGAGUGAGUCACACUCUUUGGCGACCUCCUCCUCCUCCUCCUCCUCUUCCUCCUCCUCGUCUGAAGAAGACAAAGCUCUCACUGCUCCAUCAGAGGACGUGACCAACCCCAAUGCGGGGACCCUUGACAGCCAGGUGUCAGCAGUCUCGGCGGUGACUGUGGCCCACACCACUGCAGCAGUGGUCGGGGCUCCGCUGACGGACAUCGACCUCUCCACCAAGGCCAUGAGCGUGGUGUCCGUCACCAGCCAGUGCAGCUACAGCAGCACCAUCGUACACGUGCCCCAGCCCGAGUCAGAGGUGACCGCCCUGGAGGACGCCCCGAUGGGCAGCGAGCCCACGGACCAGACCCCGGCGCCGGCGCGACCCACCCCAAGCUCCGCAGCGGCUGAAGAGUUCCGCAUGGUGGGCCUGACCAAGGAGGUCCUGUCGGCGCACACGCAGAAGGAGGAGCACGAGUACGUGGACCGCUUCCGCCACCGUAUCCUGCAGAGCCCCUACAGCUCCUAUCUGCAGCAGGACACCGGCAGCCUGGCGCACUCCCACCACAGAGGUGAUUAUGUCAUGCAGCCAGUGAGCGCGGGCGGCUUUAAGUCCAAGUCGGGCAAGCCCAAACACAAGCGCCCCAAGCCGCAGGACUCGUCCGACAGCCACGGCUCCACGCCGCGGCCGUCGCGACGGCCCCCCAACCCGCCGCACUCCUCCUGGCCCUCGUCCGAGUCGUCCCACCCGCAGCACGCCGCCGCCGGGGGCUACCCCAUGCCCCCUCCUCUAGUGAUGCCCCUCCAGCCGUCGGGGCCCUUCUACAGCGCGGAGGGGGAUCAGAUGGGGGGCCCCAAGCAAGGCGACGUACCGGUGGGCGCCAUACCCAUGAUGCCGCAGCCCGACCCGGCCUUCCAGCAGAUGCAGCAGACGGCGCAGGGCCUCAACCCAUACAUGACGCCAGUCAUGGCCGUCAUCCUGCCCAACUUCCCCACCUACCCGCCAGGCUACCCGAUGUUCCAGCAGGCCCAGCCCCUGGCUCCCUUCAACAUGGCCGCCUACGCCCCCAUGGCCCCCACACUCUUCUCCCCCAACACCCUGGUCAACCAGCAGCAGCAGCAGCCACCGCUGGGCAUCCCCGUGCCUCCCGUGCCCCCCGUGCCCAGCUCGCCGCAGCCCUGGCUGGGGGAGGAGGAUCUAGACGAGGCGCAGCCGCCCGCACUCUUCUCCAGCUCACGCUCCAGCUCGCCGCUGCAGCUCAACCUGCUGCAGGAGGAGCUGCCCAAGCCCGCCGAGCCCCAGAGCAGCACGGGACGCCCCGAGAGCCUCCACGAACAGCACAACAAAGGGGAGGAUGCCCCCAGUGAGUCCGGGAAUCAGGACGCUCUGUCCACCUCCAGUGAGCUGCUGGACCUGCUGAUGCAAGAGGACGCUCGCUCGGGAACCGGCUCCAAUGCCUCCGGCAGCGGCUCCGGGGAGUCGGGCGGCUCACUCGGCUCCGGCUCGGGUUCGGGAUCCAACGGCACCUCCACCAGCCACACAGGCAGCAGCAACAGCAGCAAGUACUUUGCCAGCAACGACUCGUCGGACACGUCCCGCAAGGCCCGCAAGAGCCAGGAGGCCCCGGAGCACGUCCACUUUGAGCACGCCGCCGUGCAGGACUCACUCUGGACCAUGAUCCAGCACACGCCCGAGACUGUCAUGAUGAACUACCAGAUGCUCCCAAGGGACCAGACGCAGGUGCUGAAGGAGGACCAGGAGAAGCUGCGGCUGCUGCAGCCCCUGCAGCCCUGGUUCACACAGGAGCAGCGCGAGGAGCUGGCCGAGGUCCACCCCUGGAUCCAGCAGCACGGCAUCCCGCAGGAGAUAGACACGCAGGGUUGUGUGAUCUGCAGCACCAUGGAUGCAGGACCAGGCUCUCCGAGGUCCCCCAGCCCUCCCACCCCGGUAAGCUCCGUGCCCCAGGAGGAGACCCCCCAGGAGCCAAGCACGGCCCCCAACACCUGACCGGUCCCUGGGCUCCACCCCAACAACCACCACUUCAUAAAACCAACAGUUUUUACCCAACUUGUUUUCUCUGGGGAGCCGUGGAGACAAAGCACAGAACUUGGGUCACCCAAAUGGAUUCUAUCACAUCUCUGAUCCAACUCUGGUUGCUGCUGGCAUCGCACAGACAAACCUCUGCUACUGUGAACCCUAACCUGACAUCCAGGUCAUGAAUAUAUGUAAACAGUACAUAUACAUAUUUAUAUUUGUAUGCCUGUAGUCAUGGCAGUUUUUAUUUUUGUAGGUUGUUCAACAGUCAGAGGUUUUACUGCCGGCCUCAGUAACCCAUUGGGCUUGGACUCGGAGUGUAGUCCGAUUGCGUAUCUGCUCGACCGCGUUUUGAACUUAUGAUACCGAACCGGCGGCCCUGAAUGUCAGAGGAUAUGCGUGGAUGCCGGCAGCUCAGCUAUCCACGGGGGGGUUGAAAAGACAUCCGCAGUGCUUGACCUGGAGAGUGAGCAUAUGAUGCGUGGGAGUGGUAGACUUGAGCACGUAUGCUCCCGGUUUAACACCGUGCUGGAUGGGACCAUGGCUGUAGGUCUUCUCACACAAAGCGCACAGAUCGGCCACCACUGGUCUCCUGUUUGUGAUGGUCAAUUGUGGUGAAUAACUUGCUUAAAAUGUCAAAACAAAACGAAACAAUAUGAUUUGUUUUCUGCUUUUUUUUUCUUCUCCCAUACAAUUAUUUUUAAUUCACAGUCCUAAAAACAAAAACACAUUGUUUUCAUGUCCAUGAUUCCCAUGCAUUGAUUGAAAUGCAGAAGGACCUCUAAAGCAGAGAAAUGGGAUUGAAUUUCCCCAUGGGAUAGGUCUGUGUACAGCUCAUGCGCCAGGCCAAACAGUCUCCUACUUGUCUAUUGCACAAUUAACUGUAACUGCGGUAUCAGUUUAAGAUUGUUAAGUUGUCUCUCUGUUUCGAUGUUUGUACAAGUGAGAGAAAAAAGAAAGAACUGCAGGUCUGAAGAACUGUGUCGUAUGGUUGUAAUAACCAUGUGACUAUCACUCAGCAAUGGCUAGCCUUUUGGCUGUAGAUAUGGUGUCAUGGGUGCUUGCCUGUGUAUCUUUAUUCCAGCAGUGCUUAAGUGUUGGGUUUGUGAGGCCUUUCGAGCCUGUUUGCCAUACUGGGUCCUAGGGGAGCCUGAGAGCGAGAGGUUAAGGUUGCAUCCUGGGAGCAAUUAUUUGUGCAUCAUCACACACGUCAGCAGAAACUGCACACAGAUAAGAUGGUCAUAAUGGAAUCAAACCUUCAUUGCAGUUUUUUUUGUUGUUUUUAAAUUUAUUAAAAUGUAAUUUACAUGUCAAUGCCAAAAAAAAAGAACAAUUGGCUCAUGUGGCGCUCUUGAAAAUGUUCAUGUCAUAUGUUUUGUUUCUCUGUGGAUGUCACUUUUAGUAUCGUCUAUGAAAAUGAAAGUAUACCUUUUUAAUAUAUGUUUGUUGGGUAGGUUAUUACGUUUUCGCACUAAAGACCUGGGAAAGGGGCCAGUGUAUUCUAAAACACACACCAACCACACAGUAAAGCAAAAGAAAAACAGAACUGUUGUUUUAGCCAGUUUUUAUUAGAACCCAGAACCAACUAGAUUUUGUACAAUUUUAAGCGCAAAAUCCAUAUUCAGAAUAUUACAGUAAAAGUUUAUUUUACAGCCCUUAAUUUGCUAAGUGUAUUUAAAAAGAAGCCAUUUUUGUCUUGAAUUCAGGGAGGAGGUUUGUGACACCAUGAAAUGUCUAAAUAAAGACCACAACUACUUGA